UGCUAGAAGAAACUUUUUUUAACUUUCCCGCGGUCGGUUGAUGUUGCAGGAACCGAAAUUCCAUCAAUAAUCCAUCAAUCAAGAGUGGUCAAGAAGAGAAAGAAAGACUUAACACUUCUUGGAUUCUUGUUCUCUGUUUCUGAAUAGCUCUCGUGCUCGUUAUUGCACACAACAAUGGAAGGUGGAGGCCAACAGGAGAUGACUAACAACGUGAUGUGCCUCUUAACUGAUCCUGAAGGCACACCUCUCGGAGCUCCCAUGUAUCUUCCUCAGAACGCCGGGCCACUUCAGCUCCAGCUGAUCGUCAACAAACUUCUCAAUAACGAGGAAAAAUUGCCUUAUUCUUUUUACAUAUCAGACCAGGAGCUUGUGGUGCAACUUGGAUCUUACCUGGAGAAAAACAAAGUUUCUGUUGAGAAGGCAUUACGAAUAGUUUACCAGCCGCAAGCAGUUUUCCGCAUUCGUCCUGUUAAUCGGUGUUCUGCAACUAUUGCUGGUCAUACAGAAGCUGUACUCUCUGUUGCCUUUAGUCCUGAUGGGCGACAAUUGGCCAGCGGUUCUGGUGACACUACUGUCCGAUUAUGGGACCUGAAUACUCAGACUCCAUUACACACAUGUGCAGGGCAUAAAAAUUGGGUUCUAUGUAUUGCUUGGUCACCUGAUUCUAAACAUCUUGUGAGUGGGAGCAAGGCUGGAGAACUUCAAUGCUGGGACCCACUGACCGGGAAGCCAUCAGGCAAUCAACUUAUUGGCCACAAAAAGUGGAUUACCGGUAUUUCUUGGGAGCCAGUACAUUUAAGAGCUCCAUGCCGUCGCUUUGUAAGUUCUAGUAAAGAUGGGGAUGCACGCAUAUGGGAUGUCUCAUUAAGGAAAUGCGUUAUGUGCCUAAGCGGCCACACUCUUGCAGUAACUUGUGUGAAGUGGGGUGGAGAUGGAAUGAUAUAUACGGGCUCUCAAGAUUGCACAAUCAAAGUAUGGGAAACUUCACAAGGGAAGCUGAUCCGUGAAUUGAAGGGUCAUGGCCAUUGGGUGAACUCUCUUGCAUUGAGCACUGAAUAUGUUCUUCGUACUGGGGCAUUUGAUAAUACUGGAAAACAGUAUUCAUCUCCGGAGGAAAUGAAAGAGGUAGCUCAACAACGGUAUGACAAAAUGAAAGGCAAUGCCCCAGAAAGGCUAGUUUCAGGGUCUGAUGAUUUCACCAUGAUCCUUUGGGAACCAGCUAUUAGCAAGCACCCUAAGGCUCGUUUGACAGGUCACCAACAGCUCGUGAACCAUGUUUACUUCUCACCUGAUGGUCAAUGGGUGGCAAGUGCCUCCUUUGACAAAUCUGUCAAGUUAUGGAAUGGUAUCACGGGAAAAUUUGUUGCAGUUUUUCGUGGGCAUGUGGGGCCUGUAUACCAAAUAAGUUGGUCUGCUGACAGUAGGCUUCUCUUAAGUGGAAGCAAGGACUCUACAUUAAAGGUUUGGGAUAUACGUACAAACAAAUUAAAACAGGACCUUCCAGGACAUGCUGAUGAGGUUUUUGCAGUGGAUUGGAGUCCAGAUGGUGAGAAGGUAGCCUCUGGUGGAAAGGACAGAGUAUUGAAACUGUGGAUGUGAAUUAGAUUGGUGGAAGGGGAGAGCUGGGGAGUGGCAACAUGAAUGGACGCCGUUGGACACACUGAUAGUAUGAAGAUGGGGGUAUCCACCAUAAAGGAUUUGGGUUUUUUUGGGAAUGAGAUUGGAGACCUUACUAUUGUAUGGGAAGGAUUGACGGAUACACACCAGUUGCAUGCCAACAGAAAGGAUUCGUCUUUUCAUGUCUGAAAUUUGUGCAAAAUUCUAUGUCGAUGGGUUUGAUAUGAAGCAAGUGCGGAACUGAAAUUGACCGGAUCUAACACAAAUGUUUUGAAGAUCCUGCAAAUCUGGAAUGAAUCCUCUUGGAUGAUGGGCUUCAAUUUGGGAAGAAUGGAAAUUACUAAUAA